GAAGAAGAAGAGAAGACGAAGAGGGAAGUCAGGCACCGGUGCAUGUGAAUGAGUUUCCCGCGACAUGGUUGUUUAUCAAACUGCACAGAGAAACUACAGCUGCCUGUUUUUCAGACAUGUUCAUUUUUUGUGUCAAACUUUCCCUCGCCGACGUUUUCCAUGUUCUCCUGAAUGUCAGGGAGUGUUUUAGCAGCAGAGGUUGAGGGUUUAACUGUACUUUUAUUAGUAACCAUGGACCGAGAGUGUGUGUCUCUGCUGCCCAGAGUGUGUGAGGUCCUGGCGGACUCUCAGAGGUCUCUGCCCGAUGAUACCAGCCUGGAGAAGCUGUUGGACUGGUUCACAGGUCUCACCGAGGCUGGUCAGUGUUCAGUCUGUUUCAUCUGUCUGUGCUUUUACACCCUGUUUGUUGUUUUAUUACCAUCGCAGACUGUAAAUCCAUCUAUGGUAAUUUUAGCUUGAUUGAAACUUCCCGAUUAAAGCUCCAGUGAGGGGUUGUUAAGGGAAACACACACCCUGACUUAUCCUCAAGUUCCACAUGAGGUAGAUCUGCUGCACUAUAAAUAUGUAAAAUAUUAGUUUUAUUUAAAAAAAAAAAGCAGAAAAUGUUGAACAUGAUCAAACUCUUUCAUUGAGGCAGUUUUUGUUUCAGACUUUGGCGUCAGUCAAGAGUUUUAGUUUUAGUUUGUUUUGUUUUUCUGAGACAUUAUAAAUCUGAAUUUAUGAUAUUGUUUCUUCAACCUGAACAGAAUUAUUGAUUAUUUAAGUAUUUGCUCAUUGAUCAGGAUCAGAAUGCAUCAUUUCUAGUUCUGGUUCUGAUCCAAUAGCAUAGAUUAUAGAAUAGGAUAAUUGAUAAUGAAGUAUUUGCGAGUUGAUAGAUUUGCUAUUCUCAUUAUUUCUCUUGGUUGGCUCACUUUCAUGUGAAUAUGAAGCUGUCAUGUUGGUUUUGAUGAACUUAUAAGAACAUGUAUGAUGGUCAGGAUCUUUCUUUGGUUUUUAUUGGAGUUACUCAUUGAAACAUUGUUUAUGAUAUCUGCUCCACCGUCUUACAUCGACCUCCUCUGCUCAUGAAGGGGGGUCUCUGCUGGAGUCCUGCCCAUGCCUGAUGGAGUUCAUCUCUGCUGUGAUCGACAACAAAGACUCCGACCCCGGCGUCCUCUCCUUCACUCUCAAACUCACCGGUCUGAUUGCAGCCGCUGAGGACAGCUUUCAAACACUUCAGGUGGAGAUUUUUGCAGUUUUUAGGUUUGUGGAUCAUUCAAAAUGGACUGAAAUGUUGCUGACCAUUUCUGCAUCUGCUCGUGUCUUGCAGGACCGCUCAGUUCUGGACCGGGCCUUCAGCGUUCAGCAGUGGCAGGACUCGGGCCUCUGGGAGGAUCCUUGUGUAAGGAUUGGCUGGAUUCAGGGUCUAAAGAGCUCUCUGCAGCACACAAAGGCUCUCAGUUUCUUUAUACAGUCAGGUGAUCAUGCUCAGAGUAUUACUUCCUCUCCUUGUUUAGGAGGUGGGCAGUAUUUAGGAGAAAAACUUGUUUCACUUUAUAACCGUUUUCUCUUUUUUUCUCCUCUCCUCAGAUUUUAUUAAAACACUCCUGAAACUCCAGACAGACACCAGCCUGUUUGUUGCAUCGGCUGCCAAUCAAAUGCUCGCCCACAUCCUGCUCUUCUUCCAGACGUGUGUGCAGAAGAAAGAAGAGAAAGUCAAUGGAAGCAGGAACUCUUUGGAUAUCGGCUCAGGAGGACCGGCAGCAGAGUACACAGCUGCUGUGAAGGUGAUCUCAGAGAACCUCAAGGAGUCUCUUGUACCCAAAGACAGCGCACAGCUUCACCGGAGUCUGCAGACCCUGAAGCUGCUGGCCCUGCUGCUGGCUCAGGCUGGGUCUCCUCUCAGGGAUGAGCUGAUCCAGGCGGUCGGGGGGUCUCUGGAGGAGGUGGUGACAGCAGACUGCAGCCAACUCACAGCCCCACUGAUGGACGUUAUUCUUGCUGCAUACAGGUAGGUGUGGAAUCAUCUACGCUCCAUAUCUACAUUUAACACCAUGAAAACCAGGUAAUACACCACUAAUAAUAACGAAAGAGUAAAGGAGAGAGAGAGAAGUAAAGUUACUCUACAACCAGAGUCUGGCAAAAUAAGUUUAGGUCCAGACAGGAGGAGCAGCAGUGGAGCAUCAGAGAUCACAUCUCGACCUAGAGAGUCUGAUUUGGAGUGAAUAUGAUGUGACUAUGAAGAAAUGAAGCCUCGAUGUCAUUGUGCUCAUUUGAAACUCGGAUUAAAGUUCAGUCUUGUCAGUCCUGAUUAAAGCAGCAUCGAGGAAACAGUCCAGCUCGUCUCAGAGGAUGAACAUGUUCUUACGGUGGCCGAGAACCGCCACUGCUGCAAAUAAAACAUAAUGUGAUAAAAAAUUUUUUUUAAAAAGCCAAAACGGAGGGUACCGAUGCGACAAAAAAAGGAAUCGAAGCCCAUUGCAAACAAAAAAAGAAAUGGAGCAGAUAAAAAAAAAAAAAAGCCACAACAAAAGUUCAUGAUGCAAAAAAAGAAAAGAAGAGUUACUUACUGUGAAAAUAAAAGGAUGCAAAUAGAAAAGCCACAACAGAAGUGAGCUGUCAGGGACCAAUAAUGAUGAUGCAUCGGUGUUUUACGAUCUAGGCACAGAAGACGACGGCGAGAAGACGAGCAAACAAGGAAGUGAAAAGGUUAUUGAUUAAUUUCGCUUAGUAAACUUUUUAAUGUGUCAUUUGGUUAGAACAUGUAGAGCCUGAGUCGAUAUGAAGUUGAACUGAAGCUAACACCACACCGACAUCCUCCAGUUCAACUUCAUAUCAACUCAGGCACUACAUGGUCUAACCAAAUGACACAUUAAAAAGUUUAAAAAGUUAAAUUAAACAAUAACCGUUCGAGGAGGUUUCACUGACUCCACUCAGCUGCUGUAUAAACCAGAGUCUCACUGUGAUGAUGAAACAGUCUUACAUGGUUCAUUAUUUUACCUGUUUGUCUUCAGCAGCUCCAAACCUGGGGGUCAGAUCUCAGACCAGCAUGUCAGCCGUCUGCUGUCGUCCAUGUUGGAGACGAGCAGACCGCCUGUCCUCAUUCAGGCCGCCGCUGCUCUCCUUCGCAGCGGUCAUCAGUGAGUAUCUGUUCACCUUCUCAUGCACAGAGUGUCUGCAGCAUCAGAUCGAAGGGUUCAUGUUUGCACCAACGAAGUUCAAGAGAUCUUAUUUAUUACUCAACCUGGAAACUGUUUUCUUCUGUUUCUUCUCUUUUCUCUGACAGUGAUUCCUCCCACACCCCCCAGGCAGUGAAGAUCCUUCUGCUCCCUCUUGAAAUGCUGACCGGUCAAACUCUACUGUGCAAAACCUCUUCUGGUAAAACACACAGACACACUAAAACUUCACUAAUCUGCUGAUCCAGAUCUAAUCUUGUUCUGCUCUUGUUACAGAUGAUCUUCAUGUCUCCAUGGCCCAGCAGCUGAAGAGUAAACCCUCCUGCGUCUCGAUGAUCUGCUCCUGUCUGACAAACACGCCGAAGAUCGUGGUCCUGGUGAGGCUGAGACUACAGAAGGAAGACCCUCAGAGGGUUCAUGUGGAGCAGGAUGACAACACUGUCUGUGUUUCUCUCUUCCUCACAGACCCCUGACCUCCUCCCCUGUCCUCCAGCUUCAGUGACCUCCACAGUCCUGUCUGUACUGAGGCUCUGCAGCGGCGCCUCCUCUGGUUGCAACGAGGUCUGCAGGAACGUCAUCGGCAGCCGCAAAGUUCAGAAAUGUGCUCUGGAUGCUCUGACGGCUCUAAGCAGCAGCGCAGGUAAAACAUCGCACUCCCAUGAGAUGAUCCAGAAACUCUGAUUUAACUAUCUGAAAAACAUCGAAACAGUCUGAAUAGAUCUCCUCAUGGAGUCACUGUUUGUUGGAAAAGUUAGUUUUUUUCAAAAUCGCUGAAUUUUUCUUUAUUUUCAGAUGAGUGUCCUUCUCAUUUGGAGUUAUCAGAUGUAGUAAUAAUAAUACAAAUAAAAAUGAUAAUAAUAAAAAUAAUGAUGAUGAUGAUAAUAAUAAUAAUGAUAACAAUAAUGAUUAUAAUAAUUAUUAUAAUGAUAAUUAUGCUAAUGAUAAUAAUAAUCAUAAAAAUAAUUUAAAAAUAAUGAUAAUAAUUAUAAUAAUGAUAGUAAUAAGAAUAGUUAUAAUGAUAAUAGUAACUUUAUUUAUACAGUUACAAAGUACCUCACAACCUAAAAACAGAAGAGAAAUAGAGGGGGAAAAAAAGUACAGCAGCAGACAUCAGAACAGUCUCAAAACAGUCAGUCAGGAGGAAUAAUUUGAAAACUCAUGAAAUAUUAAACCUCAACUGCGUAAAAAAAAAAAAAAAAGUUCUUAAAAUAAUUUAAAAAUAAUUAUGAUAGUAAAAAUAAAAAUAAAAAAGAAAAGUGUCCUCAGGAAGUUUGUUCCAGAGACUCGGGGGCCCCGACAGAAAAAGGCCGGCCCCCCUCGGUCCUCAGCCCGGACUGAGGAAUAGUUCCGCGGACCCUUGGCUGAGGACCUCAGGGAUGUCGGCUUUAACAAUCAAACUAGUAAGUCCAGAUUCAAUGAAAAUCUUCAAACUCUCUAAAGUUCAGACUUUUUAAAACCUUAAACUCCAGUAAUCAUCAUCAUCAUCAUAAUUUCAGUUUCAUAAUAAACGUAGCGCUCUGUGUUUGGUGUGUUUCAGGAUCACAGGAGAACACCAGCGACGUUUUGGCAGUCCUGACACAGUAUCUCCAAAGUCCUGGUUCUGACCCCACUGUGAGUCCGAUUUCCUCCACAUCUAUGAGCGCAGCUUCUCUUAUCAGAGUCUAAUGUAGAACUACAGUUUAGAAUCCUCCAACACCUUCUCCUACUGUAAGCUUCCUCACACAAAUCAAGUUCAGAAAGAAAAACAGCCGUUUACUGCUGAUUUGACUUAUGUAGAAAAAGGUUUGUCAUCCUGUACCUUUAACACACACACACACACACACACACAGCAGACAUGUUAAGCUGUUGCUGAUGUAAAGUGGUUCAUGUUGGUAUCAGGUGCGUGUACACGUGCCUGGAUCUGGAUCAGGGUCAGCCUUCAGUCAUUUCCCUGUUAGUAAUGAGGGUGGACUUUGUUUUAUCAGGAUAACUGUAGAAAAGUCAGCUUGAAAUGCUGUUUUUUAUUAAUAGUUAUUAUUAUGUUUGUUUUGUUUAUGUCAUGUUAUGACCGCAGUAUAGCUCAGUGACCGAUAAGUCAAUGUGAAACUCUGUUCUGUUUGUUUUGUUGUUUUGUUUUGUGGUAUGAAUGUUGCUUAUUGAUCGAUUAUUAGAACAAUUAGACGUUGAGUGAGGGGUUAGGUCAUAUAAGUUGUUUCUUCUCCCUGCUCCCUUUCAAGAAAUGUUGCAACAUGACAUGAUAUAGUCAAACUGAGAAAUCGCCUUGGCUGAAAUAGAUAAAGAAAGAUCUCUCUUCCUGUUUUGCUCUCUAACUAAAACCACUGUUUGUGUUUGUGUAUCAGGUUCUCCAUAAAUCCUUCCAGGCCUUGAUGAAGUGGACCAGCACAGACCUCUCCGUGAUAUCAGACCAGAUCAGAUCCGGUAAGCUCCAUGAAGGUCUUAAGUUCUGGUUUUAGGAUGGACUCUCACCCUCUUAGUUCCAGUUUCAUCCACGUGUGUCUCCGUCAGAUCUGGCUGAUGUGCUGAAGAAGCGAGUGUGCGACGUGCGCUGGGAGGUGAGGGACUCCGCUGUGGAGUUUCUGGGACACGUCGCUGACAGGCGGGUCCUCAAAUCAGGAAACGAAGCGAGCUCUGUGUCUGGAGCUCUGCUGGGAGGCUGCUGUACCAUUUCUCUCCUGAGGGAGGCGCUCCAGGACACAGAAAGUUACGUUAGAGCGAGCGCCGUCUCUGCACUGGCAAAGACACUGACACGCAGCUGGCAGCAGGGGGCAGCACCGACCCAGGAGGAGGUGAGCAGACGUGUUCGAUGUUUGACUUUAAAGACAGACUUGGACUUGUGUUCAGGCCUCUAACAGGUUCAACAGAUCUAUAAUAGAUGCCCCAUGACAUCUAUAUUUGGAGUCCUGAGCAGCUCUUUAAAAUUUUCAUACGACUUAGAAGCUUUUUUCACUUCAGACCGCCGGAGAGGCGGCGAGAGAAACUAGAGCGGUCACGAAACAGACGGAGAAAAGUUUGACAACCUGAGUGUCGUUUAGUUUCUGAACUUUUUGUGUUUAUUCUGUAGAUUAAGGUUUUUAUUUUGAUUUCUCUUUCUUAAAUCACAACACGUCCUGUUGGUGAAUUCAUACAAAUGUGUUCUUGCAGUUUAAGGUUUCAGGUGUACUGGACCACAGGUGUGGAGUCAUCACCUGCUCUGAUUGGCUGUUUCAAACACGACAGCUCGUUUACAUUCAGUCAAAUAAAAAAACUGAUUAUAAAGUUCAGCGUCUGAAAAACUAAGAGGAAUAAACUCUAAACUGUGAGCAGAAAUUCUACAAACUUAACAGUAAUAAUAAACUUCUCUAUUAUUAUCAUGAACAAAUAUGAAGUUCUGACCCGGUUUGAUAUAAAAGAUUCAAACAAAAACACUUUAAUAAUCAUUUAAUAAUCAGAAUAAAACAUUGAUUUGAUACUUCAGGAGAACAUUUAGAUGAAAAUCCAUCACUAAAUUAAAUCAGUAUCUGUGAUCAGAUCCUUCUUCACCGUCAGCAGCUUUUAUGUCUGAGCUCAGUCUUCCCGGUCCAAAACUGGUUCCUGCUCAGAGGAUUUGGAUUCAGAACCAGGAUGAAAAGUCGGAUUAUGACGAUCUUCAGAUGAAAUGAUGACAGCCGUCCUCAUUCAGAGUUUAAUUUCAGGUUUAUUCGCCAUCACUGAUGAACCUUUAAUGAUCAGUUUUUGUUUUCGUGUUUUUUUUACUGUGUUUUGUGAAAUUUUUAUGUUUUUUUAAUGUGUAACGUGAACUUUUCGUGGUUUUUUAUUGUGUUUUGUGAACUUUUUGUGUUUUUUUAUUAUGUUACAUGAACUUUCGUGUUUUUUUAUCGUGUUUCGUGAACUUUUUCGUGGUUUUCUUCUGUCAGACUGAAAUUGUGACCCGGCUGCUGGAGAUCCUCUCUCAGGACACGGAGGGAUUCGCCAGGAGGGCUGUUGUUCGAUUCUUCAUCGUCUGGUUCUCCGCCUCCUCCUCCUCCUCCGCCUCCUCCUCUCUCCUGAUGCAGAGCGUUCGCUCCGUCCUCUCACAGGGCAGCGCCGAUCUGGACUGGGAGGUCAAAGUUCACACUCUGGAGCUGGCUGAGCUUCUCAUGGACAAAUCUUUUAAAGGUCAAAGAGGUUACAGGAAGUACACGACCACAAACCACGCCUUGUCACACCCUUACGGGGUCGUUUCUGGGCUGACCCACAAACUCCACGCUCAUACGGAGGGGGCGGAGUCUAACUCAGGGGGUGCGCUGAAGAGUCUGGUGGAGCUGGGCGUGGUCUCAGCUCUGCUGAGCGGUCUGGUCGACUGUGAUCGGCCCGUGGGCCUGAAGGCGUGUCGUUUGUUAAUAACACUCAGAGAGACGGUCUGCCCGGAGGAUGUUACCAUGGCAACAACAGCCGAAGUGUCGUGUGAACUUCCUGUCUGGGGCUGGGGACAGGAAAUCAGAAAGAUACUGUUGAUGAAGAACGGCGAUUUCACCCGAAAGGAGGGCGGGACUGAGGAGGAGCGGCGUGGGACAGUGGGCGCCACUGUGAGUGUGUGUGGGGUCAGGACUGAGGAGGAGCGGUGUGGGACAGUGGGCGCCACUGUGAGUGUGUGUGGGGUCCUGAGGUCCCUGAGUCUGGAGGACAGACUAGACCUCCUGACCCGGAGCAGCGACCACGUCCACAACUCCCCCCUCUCUCUGCUGCAGGACAUCCUGACCGCCAGGACCGCACACACCCGCACCGACACACAAGCAGGGCAGGAGGUCAUCGUGGACUGUUACUGACACACACACACACACACACACACACACACACACACACACUGAUCCUCUCUUCAUGGAUAAAACAGGCGGUCUGUCAGAAGUGCUUUUCUUUACCUCCUCUGCUGAUGGAGUCAUUUCAAACAUACAGCCAGCAGGGGGCGCUCUUCUGGUGGCUGGAGAAGAAGGACGACCUCGAUGUGAAGAGGAUGCUUCUUCAUGGUCUGGAUCCUGGAUCACUGUGUGUACAGUCCUGUAUGUAGACCCUCUGUGUAUGAGGAUCAGCUGUAAAACCAAAACUCUGUCAGGUUGAUCAGAAUCUGUGACUCCUGUUAGUUUUUCUAAAUAAAUCAGCGUCUCAAAGAG